AUGUCUGUGGACUGGAAAACACUAUCUGAUUUGAAGGCAGUAAAGGAAACCCUUAGCGAGUAUCAUUGCACAGACGGACCCAAAAGCUGUUCAUAUGCUCCUAAUUCAAAGAUGCAACUCUCUUCAUCUAAAACGGACUUUAAGCUAGGGGACACAUUUUCUGUGAAAAUCCAACUUUUCGACGAAUACAAGCGACGUAAAACCAAGGGAGGUGAUAACGUGAGAGUGUGGAUGAGCGAAAAGUCAAAAGAAGCACGCGCAGCCGGUGUUGUCACUGACAACAAAGACGGCACCUACACAGGAACUCUCCGAGCUCUCUGGACCGGAAGUCCGAAAAUCGAGGCCACCAUUGCUAGUCGUAAAGAAAACGUGGAUAUAUUCUAUAGGAGAUAUCUCGAUAACUACACACUGAGGAACAUAUCGGCGAGGUUUGAGAGCGACGGCGUUAAAGAAGAAACUUUGUGCCUGCCGAUCCCAAAUAUCCGAGGAUUUACGAAUGUCUGUAACUUGACGGCCGAGAAUUACGGUCUCCCAUGGUAUUGUGGGAAACCAUCACACCGGAAAUUGUUGUGUUACGACUUAACAGGACUGCGUGCUGACAGUUAUCAGCCGACUCUGUUCACGUCACACGAAGCCAAGUUCUUCAAACAACGGCUGUUACAUCAAAAUAUUCCCACAGCUGUCGCGAUUACAGUAACAGCAGAGCAAGAGACAGUUUCUUUGCCAAGUGUCCCAUGUAACAAAACCCCUCUGAGGAAAAGCUGGAAGGCAUCAACACCUGUUGGCUUCUUCUACAAAAAUUCCUGGAAGUCUCUAACUUGUAAAAACACAAUUCCAGCUGAUUCGAAAAUAUACAGGGAAUGUCUGAAAAACCGGAUACUUUGGAUCCAUGGCGAUUCAACAUCCAGAGCGUGGUUCCUUACUUUAAAAGAGCGUUUAGGGUUGAAACUGGUUACAGAGGAAUGGGACAAUUCCAAGUGGUACAAACAAGCAGUAACCAUGGACAAGUCCUGGAACAUCACGCUAAUGUUUGUGCCUCAUGAGUAUCCCUUUUACCAUGGAUUCAGGUUCGACAAACUGGCUUACAACAGAGCAACUCAUGCCUAUCUGGAUGACAUUCCCAAUACCUCAAGGGAUAUAUUCCUCAUUCAUAUGUACCUUCAUUUUAACUCCUUCCCUCCAGAGGUUUUCAGAACACACAUGCAACGAAUUGCUCGAUCUGUGAAGUCGUUAGUCGCUCGUGCCCCUGGGGUAAAAGUAGCGAUACGUGGGACUCAUGCUUUCAAGGGCAGGAAGAGGAUAGGGUUUCUGGAUGACUGUUGGAUGUUCAUAUACGACACGAUCCAGCGGCACGCAUUUAAGGGGCUCGAGAACAAUGUGCUUUUCUUAAAUAAUAUAGAUUUGACAGUGGCUACAGAAAACGACGACCAGCAUCCAAACUCGUUACUCGUUGAUUCCCUCAUCAAUCAUUUCAUGGGAUCUGUGUGUGAGGGCCGCGAAUAG